UAAAACCCUAACCAUUCACGGUUCAUCUCACUCAUCUAUUCCUCUGCUCUCUCUGUUUCGCAUUUCCAUCGUCUCUAACCUUUUCUCGCCGGAAAACUAGCCAUGUCUUGCUACAAAGGGAAGUAUUACGAUGAACUUAUUGCCAAUGCUGCUUAUAUUGCCACUCCUGGAAAAGGUAUCCUUGCCGCCGAUGAAUCAACGGGAACAAUCGGGAAGAGGUUAACGAGUAUCAAUGUAGAGAAUAUCGAAUCCAACAGAAGAACCUUCCGUGAACUCCUUUUCACCACACCUGGUGCUCUUCAAUAUCUCAGCGGAAUCAUCCUCUUCGAAGAAACCCUUUACCAGAAAACCGCCGCGGGGAAGUUAUUUGUGGAUGUAAUGAAAGAAAACGGCGUACUCCCUGGUAUCAAAGUCGAUAAAGGAACCAUUGAAUUAGCAGGAACCAAUGGAGAAACCACAACCCAAGGUCUCGACGGUCUAGCCCAGCGCUGCCAGCAAUACUACACCGCCGGUGCUAGGUUUGCAAAAUGGCGAGCAGUUCUCAACAUCGGUCCAAACGAGCCAUCUCAAUUAUCCAUAAACGAAAACGCAAACGGUUUAGCUCGUUACGCCAUAAUCUGUCAAGAAAACGGUUUAGUCCCAAUAGUUGAACCUGAAAUCCUAGUCGAUGGUUCUCACAGCAUCGAAAAAUGCGCGGAAGUAACCGAACGAGUUCUCGCUGCCUGUUACAAGUCACUUAAUGAUCAUAAGGUUUGUUUAGAAGGUACCCUGUUGAAACCUAAUAUGGUAACACCUGGGUCUGACGCCACUAAGGUUUCGCCGAAGGUGGUUGCGGAGUAUACUGUUCGGACUUUGCAGAGGACAAUGCCCACAGCUGUUCCGGCUGUUGUGUUUUUGUCGGGUGGGCAGAGUGAAGAAGAGGCUACAUUGAAUUUGAAUGCUAUGAAUAUGAUUAAGGGGAAGAAACCGUGGGGUCUUUCGUUUUCGUUUGGAAGGGCUCUUCAACAGAGUACUUUGAAGGCUUGGGGAGGGAAGAAUGAGAAUGUUGGGAGAGCUCAGGCGGUGUUCUUGGCGAGGUGUAAGGCGAAUUCGGAGGCGACGGUGGGGAAGUAUGAAGGUGGUGGUUGUGGUGAUCUGAAUCAGGGUGCGAAUGAGAGUCUUCAUGUUAAGGGUUAUAAGUAUUGAUGAGUUCAUUAAAUUUCUUUUGUUAUUUUUAAUGUUAUGUCUUUUACUUACUUAAUUUGGGUUGGGUAAUAUAAAACACUCUGGCAGCUGAAUAAGUGUUGGUUGGUUUAAUAUUUUAAUGUGAAACUUUUUUUAAUUUCCUGGCAUAUUAUUUCUU